AUGUUGUCUAUCAACAAUGACAAGCCACCGAGGUCUGACAAUCUAGAUGGAAAAUUACUGAGGGUAAUAGCAGACGAAUUAUUGCCACAAUUUAAGCCUAAAAGAGAGUGUGUGCCCUCAGGCCUGGAGAGAAGCUAAAGUCAUCAGCCCUUACACAAAUGACUGAUUGGCUGAGAAAUUGAUGAUACAAUUAUUGUGGGGGCUGUCUUGUUGGACUUCAGUGCAGUUUUUGACAUUAUCGAUCAUAGUCUGCUGCUGGAAAAACUUGUGUGUUAUGGUUUUACACCCCCUGCAAUAAUGUGGGUAAAGAGUUACUUGUUACUUUAAUGGAAGCCUAUCAAAUAUAAUCCAGUUAGAAUCAGGAAUUCCCCAGGGUAGCUGUUUAGGCCACUUGUUUUUUUUCCAUUUUUACUAACGAUAUGCCACUGACUUUGAGUGAAGCCAGAGUUUCUAUGUAUGCGGAUGACUCAACACUAGACACGUCAGCUACUACAGCGACUGAAAUGACAUCAACACUCAACAAAGAGCUGCUGUUAGUUUGAGUGGGUGGCAAGGAAAAAGUUAGCACUAAAUAUUUCUAAAACUAAAAGCAUUGUAUUUGGAACAAAACACUCACUAAACUCUAAUGCAAUAAAUAAUGUGGAAAUUGAGCAAUUUGAGAUGACUAAAUUGCUUGGAGUAACACUAGAUUGUAAACUGUCAUGGUCAAAACAUAUUGAUGCAGUAGUAGCUAAGAUGGGGAGAAGUCUGUUUAUAAUAAAGCGAUGCCCUGCCUUCUAAACACACUAUCAACAAGGCAGGUCCUACAGGCCCUAGUUUUGUUGCACCUGGACUACUGUUCAGUCAUGUGGUCAGGUGUCACAAAAAGGGACUUAGGAAAAUUGCAAUUGGCUCAGAACAGGGCAGCACUGCUGGCCCUUGGAUGUACACAGAGAGCUAAUAUUAAUAAUAUGCAUGUCAAUCUCCCCUGGCUCAGAGUGGAGGAGAGAUUGACUUCAUCACUACUUUUAUUUAUGAGAGGUAUUGACAUGUUGAAUGCACCGAGCUGUCUGUCUAAAAUACUGGCACACAGCUCGGACACCCAUGUAUACCCCACAAGACAUGCCACAAGAGGUCUCUUCACAGUCCCCAUGUCCAGGACAGACUAUGGGAGGCACACAGUACUACAUAGAGCCAUGACUACAUGGAACUCUAUUCCACAUCAAGUAACUGACGCAAGCAGUAAAAUUAGAUUUCAAAAACAGAUGUUCUUGUUUUAAUUUAUUUAUGGAAAGCCAGGGGCACAGUCUAACAAUAUUUUACAAACCAGAUCAGAGGCAGUAGGGAUGAGUUCUCUUAAUAAGUAUAUGAAUUUGACCGUUUUGCUGUCCUGCCUGAGCACUGGAAAUGUAAGGAGCACAUCUUUUCUUUCUGAAUGUUGUCAAGUAGAUGUAAAAGUAAAAAAAUAUAUACAUUCUCAAGUAAAGUACCAGUAACCAUGGAAACAAGAGUUUUCCAGUGUGUGUGUCAUGUUCAUGCAGAUUUACAGUGAUAUUUACAUUACAAAAUCAGUUGUCUUAGUGUUACCCAGAGAACAGGAUGGUCUUAAACGCCUGCUCUCUACUGCACUGACCCAAUAUCUCCUACAGACAGACACACACAGGGAGAGAGAUUUGAGUAUGUGAGAUAUUGAUAAUAUAUUGGGACAGCAAUUAGGGAUGGGGAGGUACUUGAAUAUUCAAACAGAGCUUAGUCUAGUAUUGGAUCAACUGUUGUAUGAUUUUUUUAAAUUCUUAAAAAAACGUUUGAAUUAAAUUGUAUAAGCUUUUAAUUUAGCUACUGCUGGUUCUUAUGUUGCGUUUUAAAUGAAAAUGCAAUUUAGCCUAAUUUUAUAGCGCAUUUUAAGCUAGCUCUCCAGACAGUCCUGACAUAGAAGAAGGCCUGUAUGCUCCCCACUUCAAAUAGCGAAUAUAGGCGCGCACAUAUUCGUCCCCAGGCUAAAUGCGCAUUAUUGGAGUAGAUUGCUGAAGUGAAUUUACUAAAGCACAAUUUAGGCGGAAGAAUAGUCUGCUGGUGAACGAGAUAAGCGGGAGCCUGACAGAGCUGCCAAUAUAAUUUGACAGACCAUUGAGAUCCAUGCAAAACACUCGCCAGAUACAUGUUAUUCAGCCACUGAGGACAGAAAUGUAACGCUGUGACGUAGCAGACACUCAGAGGUUAUUUCGUUUUCAAAUUAUUGAGCUGGGCUGUAUCAAAUAUGAGGCAAAUUCUAUCACGGGGAACGUCAGACUUUAUUUAUUUGUUUAUUUAUUUAUUUUUGCCCACAUCAAACUUAUAAUCUUUCACAAAAUCGCCUCUAUGACAUACUUCUUUAUUACGCCUUGGAACUCGAUUUCAGAACCUUGGACAAUUCUGAUGUUCACAACCAUAACAGCCUUGAACUCAAAGCACUGGACAACCCGUCUUUACCUUUCAAUUAACAAAGAAAAUAUACAAAUAUCUUUACUUUUUCACAUAUCAACUUGAAAUCAGUGAGUAAUAUUGUUGUUUCGCUUUGGAAUGUUAUAUUGCUCAUGUUUAUGAACACAGAGCACUAAUGUCUAUGCUUCAUACUGUGAGUUAGAAUCUGUCCCAAAUGUAAUCCUGUUUCCUAAAUAAAGCACUGUGUUUGACCAGACCCCUUUGGGCCAUGGUCAAAAGCAGUGCACUUUAUAGGGAAUAGGUUGCCAUUUCAGAGACAGCCAGAGGUGAGCUAGCUAGGCCAACUGAACUGAUGCCAUGCAUUUCAUUUUGCUAAUAUUGAAGCAUUUUGUUUUCCACAGGCACUAUUGACCAUGGGAACCGUAAUGUCUAUCUCGCUCCGCAAGAAGGCAGUCCUCUUCAAAGAUGGGCCGGACACUGUGGGCCACUUGAUGGAAGUCCAGACCGGUAAGAGUGCAAAAGACAAGACUCUGAAGCGCUACUCACCAUGGAGGCGGAGUGUGAAGAAGAAGAGCUCCAAGAAGGUGCAGGCCCACCAGAACACCAACCAAAACAACAUUGCCCAUCUGAGUAAUGAGAACCUGGAGAAGUCUCAGUCCUUCUCCAACCCGUCCACCCUCACCCUGGAGAAGUCUCAGUCCUGUGACAAGCUGUCCACCCAGGACCAGAACACUCCAGCCAUCUCCAACAGCUCCAACAACGCCGCCUCGUUGGUCGAGACGGCCCCCUUAUCCAACUCAAACACGGCCCCCGACACGCCCCAGAUGGUGACCGUCCAGGACCUCGACACUCCCAGGAGCCUGGUGAUGGUCCACGCUACAACCGGCGAGCUGCUGCGCUGCCUGGGUGAGUUCCUGUGCCGGCGCUGCUACCGGCUCCAGGACAUGUCUUCCAUGGACCCGGUGCUGUGGCUGCGGGUGGUGGACCGUUAUCUGCUGGACAACUGCUAUCAGAGCCAGAGCUGCAUCAAUCCGGCCGCUGUGGUCUUCCUCUACAUGCUGUGCCGCGAGGCGGUUUCCUCCGAGGUGGCCACCUUGCACGAGCUACAUGCCGUGCUGCUCACCUGCCUCUAUACGACCUGCUCCUACAUGGGCAACGAGAUCGCCUACCCCCUGAAACCCUUCCUGGUGGACACCUGCAGGCAGACCUUCUGGAUCCGCUGCAUGACCAUCACCAAGCUGAUGAGUGUCAAGAUGCUCCAGAUGAACACAGACCCUAACUUCUUCUGCCAGGUGUUUGCUGACCUGAAGAACGAGAGCCAGAAGGAGGAGAAGAAGAGCCGCCUGCUCAGCGGUGUGUACAGCACUCAGUGAGGGACCUUGGGUAUAGGGGCCAGGGGAGGGCGGGUGCCAACUACAGUCUGACAUUUCAAAAUGGGAGGGAGGAGGAUUGGUUGAGGGAGGGGGAAGAGGGUGAGCUUUGAUGGGAAAAGUUGAUUUAUAGAUUUUAAGGGUUAAUGUGAGGGUUAAAAAAACGCCUUAUGGAACAACAGGGACUGUGAAGCAAAACAAACAUUAGCACAGACACACACACACACACACACACACACACACACACACACACGCACUAUACAUGCAGUGGGGCAAAAAAGUAUUUAGUCAGCCACCAAUUGUGCAUGUUCUACUUAUACUUAUUUUCCACCAUAAUUUGCAAAUAAAUUCAUAA